CAAAUAAUACGGUACAUGAACGAAUCACAAGGAGACGACACACGAUUAACAGCAUUUAACAUACAACAUUUGAUAAACUUGUAGUUUCAUACUCCGCCACUUUGAGAGAGAGAGUAGUGCAAUGGCAGCUUCAGCUUCAUCGCGUAUCUUUACCUCUCCCUCACCCAAGAAGCCUUCUUCUCUCUCAUGGACAGUCCCGCUCUCCUCCGGGUUCGGAGUCGCCACCGUCGCUCUCCCCCGCAGCAGCAACCGCCAACCGCGGCGAUUCUUGGUGUUUGCGAUGGACGCCAGGCCGACCGUCCUCGUUGCAGAAAAGCUCGGCGAGGCUGGACUCGAGCUCCUCAAAGACUUUGCGAACGUGGAUUGUUCUUAUAAUCUCAGUCCCGAGGAGCUCUGCACAAAGAUCUCGCUUUGCGACGCGAUGAUUGUUCGCAGUGGCACGAAAGUGAGUCGUGAGGUGUUUGAGUCUUCUGGUGGAAGGCUUAAGGUUGUUGGAAGAGCUGGUGUUGGGAUCGAUAACGUGGAUCUGGCUGCGGCGACGGAGCACGGCUGUCUUGUGGUUAAUGCGCCGACGGCUAAUACGGUUGCGGCUGCGGAGCAUGGGAUCGCGCUUCUCACUGCUAUGGCGAGGAAUGUCGCGCAGGCUGAUGCAUCUGUCAAAGCUGGGAAGUGGCAACGGAACAAAUAUGUCGGUGUCUCUCUCGUCGGUAAAACACUUGCUGUGAUGGGUUUUGGAAAGGCGUGCCAAGGGCUGGGAAUGCAUGUAAUUGCCCAUGAUCCAUAUGCGCCAGCAGACCGUGCCCGUGCAAUAGGAGUGGAGCUUGUGAGCUUUGAUGAAGCCAUUGCAACUGCAGAUUUCAUAUCUCUUCACAUGCCUCUUACUCCUGCUACAUCAAAGAUUCUCAAUGAUGAAAAUUUUGCAAAGAUGAAGAAAGGAGUACGGAUCGUUAAUGUUGCACGUGGAGGAGUCAUUGACGAAGAAGCUUUAGUGAAGGCAUUGGAUGCUGGCAUUGUGGCUCAGGCUGCACUCGAUGUUUUCACGCAAGAACCACCACCAAAGGACAGCAAGUUGGUACAACAUGAGAAUGUAACUGUAACUCCUCAUCUUGGUGCUAGUACUAUGGAAGCUCAGGAAGGUGUGGCUAUUGAAAUUGCCGAAGCUGUUGUUGGAGCCCUAAAGGGUGAGCUUGCUGCUACUGCUGUCAAUGCCCCCAUGGUUCCUGCUGAGGUUCUUGCAGAGCUGAAGCCAUUUGUUGUACUUGCUGAGAAGCUUGGAAGACUAGCUGUCCAGUUAGUAGCAGGUGGAAGUGGUGUUAAAUCCAUAAAAGUGUCAUAUGCUUCUGCUAGAGCUCCUGAUGAUCUUGACACAAGGUUGCUGCGUGCCAUGAUCACAAAGGGUCUAAUUGAGCCUAUAUCCAACGUCUUUGUUAACUUGGUGAAUGCAGAUUUCACUGCUAAACAAAGAGGACUCCGAAUAUCAGAAGAACGAAUCGUUCUAGAUGGUUCCCCAGAAAGUCCACUGGAGUUCAUUCAGGUUCAGAUUGCCAAUGUAGAAUCAAGAUUUGCCAGUGCCAUUUCUGGGUCUGGGGAGAUUAAGGUAGAGGGACGGGUGAAAGAUGGUAUACCACAUUUGACAAAGGUUGGAUCUUUCGAAGUGGAUGUGAGCUUGGAAGGUAGUAUUAUCCUCUGUAGUCAGGUUGAUCAGCCAGGAAUGAUUGGUAAAGUGGGGAGCAUUCUGGGCGAGGAGGGUGUUAACGUGAGCUUUAUGAGCGUUGGAAGGAUUGCUCCACGGAAGCAAGCUGUGAUGGCUAUUGGAGUAGAUGACCAACCUAGCAAGGACUCUCUGAAGAGGAUUGGAGAAAUUCCUGCCAUAGAGGAGUUUGUUUUCCUCAAGUUGUAGUUGGAUACUGGUUUCUGUAUUACUGCACUUCAUAAACUCCCAAAUUUUGGUAAUUUUGUUUGUGUUUUGUGGUAAUUUUAGCGUCGGGAAAAGAAAUAAUUUGGGUGUGGAGUUGAGUGUGUACUUUAUUCUAUUGUUCUAAAUAAAAUUUUGCAAUCAAGAAUGUUUUCUUUCUUUGGUUAUUGUUACG